AUGGAUGAAUUAUUAGAUACUAUAAGAGGUGUCCUUGAUGGACCAAUUGAUUUCAAAUCUCAAAAAUUUACAGAAGAUAUAAGUUAUAAACUAUUGAUUGUUGGUGCUAUAUUAUCAAGUUUAGCUGGUUUUGUCGCUCAAGAUAUCAAAGUUUUAUUAGUUUUCAGUGGGUUAACAAUUUUAGUAACGUUAGGAAUUGUUAUUCCUCCAUAUCCUGGUUAUAAUACUGAAAAUAUUGAAUGGUAUUCCCCAAAGAUUGGAAAUUAA